GUCAAACGCUUUACACGGACGUACAUUUGACGUAAAGCGCGUAACAAACAUGGCGUUUCUAUGAGUAGUAGUGUACUUGUCCUGUCGCCGUGAGAAAUCUGCCUCCUAGUAGUUACGAUUUGUUCACCUGUCACCCCUGAAUACUAGCUAUGACGAUGGUUCAGCUCUCACCAGGGAAUUGAAGCCCUGCAAAGGAAAAGUUCAAGAACUAUCUUACAAAAGGGAACAUGUUUUGUAUUCUGUGUCGCCAGGGGUAUUUAAGAUAUGAAUCCCAGGAGCAUAUGCACAGUCUGCAACAUCACCAAGAGCUGGAGACGGUGCUGGGCAUGAACCAGCUCCAUCAAUGCUUUGUGUGUAAGGUUUCUACCGUGAGUUUAUGUGAAUACGGCCAGCACAUCUCCACCGCUGAACACAUAGCCAACUUGAGGAAAGUGAAGUCGAAGCCUAUUUCUCUGUGUGAUACUUUGACCUACAGCACCAUCGGCUACCUCCGGGCAAGAAACAAAACUUUAGAGCGCAAGAAUGCAAAUUUGAGUUAUCUGAAGCGGAGGCUGGCAGAAAUACAAAAACGACAAAGAAAAUCUGCACAAGUGAACGCAUGGACUCAUGGACCGAUUCAGGAAACUCAUCAGACAGGAGGAAACUAUGCUGUUGUCCAAAACAAAGAGAAUAAAGUGGCCAGUCAGCAAAGUCCCCUUUACCAAACAGAAACACCUCGGCACAAUCAAAGUGGAAGAUUGGCUGCUUCUUCAGGAGAACAUGCUGGGAAAGCUUGGCAUCAGGGUUUUGUUGGAGAGCACGCCCCUCAGCCUCCUCACCAGAUGAGACAUGAUGGCAACAUUUCUGUCUGCAACCAGUUUUCAGUCAAUGGGCAGCACUCACAAACGGAGAGACAGUGCAACACACAAGGAAGUACCCCGGCUGACGCGCCAGAACAAAUGACAUGGUGUGUCUUCAGCCAAUAUGACCGUGAUUACAGACAGUAUAAUGGAGUCUUUGAUAAAGGCCAGAAUGAGUGUGCUGCAUCUUCUCAGCCAGAACUCGAGGCAUCACAUUCUUCUUCUAAUCCUGCUCCAGAGAACACAUCCACCAGUGCAGCUCCCGUAAAGCAUGUCAAUGUCCCCUCGAUGCUGAAGCAAAUCAGAAGAGCGCUGGGAGUGAGGGAGCCGUGCAGAGCAGAACGUGAAGCACGAAAGCAGAACGGUGAAGCGGCUGUUCGAGUGGCUGGUCAUAGCACCGCACAACAGACUGCAACACAGAAAGCGCAACAUUCAGGUGCUGGGGCUACAUCCGUGCAGUCUCCACAGGUCUACACCCCUGCACCUGCAGCCCAUGCUGGCGUCUCUGCUUCCAACAUUGCUUCUGCUAAUCCAAAGCAGACAGCUUUCAAUGUGGGACAAGAAACGACUCCGCAUAGUGAGACGACAUCAGUGGUUGCUGAUGGACUGUCAAACAACGGGGAGAGAGAAUCUCAGCGGGUUCUCGCCAGCUCCGUUUCCCGCAAGGUUCGAAUUGCCCACAAAUCAGGAAAAAGUCAGGAAGUGAAAAAGGCUGGACUUAAACCAACGCCGAACAAGUUGCUUACUUCGUCAGGUGCCAAGAAUAGACAGAGCCGGACGGGGGUUUUCAGUGAUGUAAAAAGAAAGAAGCAGGACAGAUUUAUUGGAAGGCCCAGGUUUGGAAUCAAGUUGGCCAAACGUUCAAAUGACCAAGCAGGCACAUCACAACCACAGGACACUGACUUGCCUCUGUCUGAAGGUUUCCAUUGGGACUCAAUCCCAUACACUCCUUCAGACAUACAAUUGAAUUCAGCUCCUCCAGCCCAGGACACGACCAAUACCAGCUCCCACAGGGAGACACAGUCUGAUCCUCAGAUGCAGGAACCUUGCACAGCGCAGCAGGGUGGUGGGAGCAGUCCCACAGUCACAGCAGUCUCUAUCAAAGUUGAACCACAGUGGGAACAUGAGAAUCAAGUUUUGGGAGACAAUGGCGGUGCCAAAAAGCGGCAACACAACAGCAAUAAUGACUCUUUUGACAAAGAUCCAGGUGUAAAAAUGAAAAGAGCAAACAAAGGCCAGGAUCAGAUGGACCAGCUGCUCUCUGUGUCUCUGCGAGAGGACGAGCUGAGCCACUCGCUGCAGGAUUUGGACAAAAAUCUUGUCCAGGCUCGCAGCGCCCUGCAAGCUGCUUACACGGAAGUCCAACAACUGCUGCUGUUGAGACAGCAGUUUACCUCUGAGGUCGACUGCCUGAGAACCAAGCGCAUUGAGAUCCUGCAGGGGAUGCAAGAAGGUUACUCCAGAGCAUCCCAUGUAUUGGAGAAAGCCAGCACCUCAUCACCAGGUGGUGGUGCUGCUGCUGCUGCUGCUGCUGCUGCUACUACUCCUUUGCAACCAAGACUCUCUCCUCAUCCUACCUCUAGUGCCUUCCUCAUGUCCUCUGGACAGAAAUCACCUGCCACAAUGACUUUGUCUACUAUAGCUGGACAGGCCAAUCACUUUGACUCCUCAAGAACUGCUGCUGCUGCUGCUGCACCUGAAGUGCCUUUAAAACACCCCGUGCCCUUAUUUCCUUCUGACCCACCGCGGCACGUCGCUGCUCCCACGCUUCCCGCUGCUGCCUUGACAUCGGUGAAUACUGAAUCAUCUGCCGGGCAGAAGGAGCAAGAGUCAAGGCAGGGGUUAAAGGACUGUGUAAAGACGGCUAGGGAUGCACAGGAAGCAGUGUGGACAGUUGAAAGUGAUUCUCAGGAAGAGGCGGAACGAAAUCAAACUAAAGGAAGACGGUCAGCGUCAGGGAAGACUAUUCCUGAAGGAGACCGAAACACGUCUGCUGCAGUGCCAGUGGACGGUGACGGUAAUGAGAGUGAUGACUCUGUCAAAAUGAUAGAGUCGGAUAAAGUGCUCAUAAACCUUGAAUCAGAAGAUGAGGACUCGCCCGACAUUGUCUCAGAUGUUCCUCUUCACAAAGAGUCUCGGCAGAGUCCAGCAAGUGUGGCGUUGAGUUCUGUGAGCACACAGACUUCUCAGCAACUCGUCGUUGACAGAAAAAAUCAGUUUAAUUUGCUGGUCAAAGUUGACAAAGCUCCCGUGGAGUCCGUCAAAGAUGAGGAGCCGUCGUUGGGAGUGUUCCCGAAUCACUCGGGGCCCGUACACGCCCUGCAAAUCCACGGAGGCAUGUUGUACACGUGUUCAGGAGACAACACGGCACGGGCCUACAGUCUGGCGACCAGGGAGUGUAAGGCGGUGUUUGACGGUCACACACACAAAGUCAACUGCCUGCUGGUGUCAUCGCUCCCGAACAUGUCUGCCCGCCUCUACACUGGGUCCAGUGACGAGACCGUGCGCUGUUACAGCAUAAAGUCAAAUAAGUGCCUGGAGAGGAUCUCCUUACAAGACCGAGUGUUGUGUCUGCACAUAGCCUGGAAUACUUUGUACGUCGGACUCGCCAACGGAUCGGUCGCCACCUAUGAUUCAAAGGAUCGUUGCUUCCCUCUCACAUUAUUCUCAUCACCUGGGUCUCGUCAGACUCUGAAACAGCUGGACGUGUUUGAAUGCCACGGCCCUCGGGGCGUGAGCUGCCUGGCCAACGCGCAGGAGGGAGCCCGCCGCGUGCUGCUGGUCGGCUCCUACGACAGCACCAUCAGCGUGCGCGACGCCAAGAACGGCCUGCUGCUGCGCUCGCUGGAGGGUCACACCAAAACUGUCCUGUGUAUGAAGGUGGUGAAUGACCUGGUCUUCAGCGGCUCCAGUGACACAUCCGUUCAUGCUCACAAUAUCCAUACGGGCGAGUUGAUUCGGAUCUACAAGGGUCACAAUCAUGCCGUCACGUCGAUCUCCAUCUUGGGGAAAGUGAUGGUCACAGCUUGUCUGGAUAAGCUGGUGCGAGUGUAUGAGCUACAGUCACACGACCGCCUGCAGGUGUACGGCGGUCACAGUGACAUGGUGAUGUGCAUGUCCAUCCAUAAGAGUGUGAUCUACACCGGCUGUUAUGAUGGCAGCAUUCAAGCAGUCAAGCUAAACGUGAUGAAAAACCACCGCUGCUGGUGGCAUAACUGCUCUCUAAUAUUCGGCAUGGCGGAGCAUCUAGUGCAGCAUCUUGUAGGAGAUCACACCAACCAGAAGCUGCAGACGGUCAAGUGUCGCUGGAGAAACUGCAACUCCUUCUUCUGCACUCAGCAGUCAGUUCAGCAGGAGCUGCCUGUCCACAUGCAGCACCACGUGCAGAAAGACAGUGAAUUCAGUCAUGACUGAGGGGACGCAGAGGACGCCGGGACUGUCAUCCAUUACAGUAUUUGAGCCUUUUUUUUGUCUUUCACUUUGUUAAAAAAAAAAAACCAAGGAUUUCCACUUGAAUGGACACGUGGGUCUCUUUGACCUUGUGAACACUGACAGUUAAUGGAGGACACACACCAAAGAAACGACAUGCGCGCUCAAGCAUUUCGUUUGACACCUUACUGUGCAUGAUAGAAUCUCUUUUUGUGAAACGACUUUUGCAAUAAUUUGCCAUUAAAAUGAAUCUUGUUUACAUGUAUAUGAACGAAGGUUGCGAUCUCAGCUUUAUGGGUGUGUUUCAACUUCCAUCGUCGCACUUUGUGCGUGAGCUAAACUAUCACAGGUCAUUGGUGCUGGUGGAGUUGGUGCUUUGAAUUUCAAGUCCCUUGCGGUCGAGUAUUUCAUUCUGACGUCUUCCACAGUGUCGGAAGGGAUCAUUUAGUCGGAAGUAGAACAGAGAAACGACGGCUUUACUGUUAAAAAUGUAUAAACAUGUCGUUUGUGUGUGUAAAUAUCACAAAAUCAUCAAGUCGGAUUUCUUUUUUUUUUGAUCAGUUCAUUAUUACAGAUUUGAUUUUUGAUUUUUUUUGUCCUACACCAACAAUAUUUUGUUAUGUUUCCUGACUCCACAGCUGACACACUGUUUCCUUCAUCUCUUCCACACAUUUAGUCUCUUGUCUAUCGUCACUCCUACACGUGAGAGAACUUUGAUCAUGAGAGGAUUAUUUACAAAACUGCUGCUAAACAUGCUCAAACACUCAUCUCUUUCCGGGCAACAAUAGAAAGUGAGAGUGAACACUGUCAACUUGUAUGAUGUAAUACUUUGUGGUUUCAUUUGUAAUUAAUACAUACUGUGUGUGUACGGCAAUAAACGGACAAAAAUAGUCA